AUGGUCAUGGGAAUCACCGAGAGGCAGUUGGUGAUCCUAUUCAGUGAAGGGCUUAUGGAACCACUCAAGGGUUGGAUUAAAGCUUUUGAUCCACCCUCCUUACAAGAGGCAAUGAAAAAAGCAAGAAAUAUGGAAGAAAAAUGGUCCCAAGAUCAUAUUUGCCCAAAGAGAGUCAAAAUUCAUCAAAUUGAAUACUAUUCAACUGGAGAAAUCGAUUCUGAUUCUUCAGACCAGCAAUCAAAUUGUGAUGACAAUGAAGUGGAAAGAGUUCCUGAAGAAUCUGAAGGUGAAAAAGGAAGUGGGGGUACCUUGGAUCAAUUUUCAAGCUUUCAAAAAAAUGAAUCCUUCAAGGUUCGAGGGAUAAUUAAGGGGCAACGAAUAGUUGCUUUGAUUGAUACUAGAUCAACACAUAACUUCAUUGAUGAAGUGGUAGUGGCAAAGAAAGGGCUGCAAAUAGAAGAUUUUGAAGGCUUCAAGGUUAUGGUUGCUGAUGGGUUUCACAUUUCUUGCACCAAGAAGAUCCCAAAUAUGUCUAUGCAAUUGGGCAACUACAAAGUCAAGGAUGACUUCUAUGUAGUCAACAUUGGAGAUACGGAUGUCGUCCUAGGCAUUCAAUGGCUAUGUUCACUUGGAGAGAUCUCCCUAAAUUUGCAAACCAUGGAGCUCAAGUUUCAUUCCAAUGGGAAGAAGGUGGUGUUAAGAGGAAUGUCUAAAGGUGGACCUCGAAUCGUGUCAUUCAAGCGAAUGGCAAAGUUGAUUCGGCAUGAUCAAGUUGAGUGGGCUGCGGAAUGUAUGAUUCUCCCAGCUAGUCCGGUUGAAACAAAGAGGGACUACCCUCCUGAUAUCCAGUCCUUACUCACUAGGAAGAGUAAAGUGUUUGCUGAUUUACCUCCUGGGCCACCUCCUGAACAAGGCUCAGAGCAUGUCAUAGAGCUCAAGGAAGGGGCUAAACCAGUUAUCACAACUCCAUAUCGGUACCCUAAGAAGCAAAAGGAUGAGAUUGAGAAAAAAAUUAAGGAACUCUUGGAGAUGGGCUUCAUUCAUCCAAGUAAGAGUCCUUUCGCUUUAGCAGUUGUUCUUGUGAAGAAGAAGGAUGGUACCAUUCGCAUAGUCCUUCAGAAGCAGUUGAGGAACUUCAUGUUAAUCUUUUUUGAUGACAUUCCGAUCUACAAAAGGACAUGGGAAGAACACCUCAAGCACGUAGAGGAAGUGCUUAGCAUCCUUGAAUCAGAAAGUAUGUUUGCCAAAGAAUCCAAAUGUGAAUAUGGAAUGAAGGAGCUACUUUACCUUGGUCACAUAAUCAGUGCUGAUGGAGUGAAGGUUGAUCUUGAAAAGAUCAAGGCAAUAGUUGAUUGGCCACCCCCAGAGAACUUGACUCAUUUGAAAGGGUUCUUGGGUCUUUGUGGUUUUUACAGAAGAUUUGUGAAGGGCUAUUCACAGAACGUUGCUCCUCUUACUGACCUCAUGAAAAGGGAGCUUUUUGUUGGAUAG